AUGAGCUAUGGCAGCUUCAUCAUGCCCACCCUGUUUGGCAUUAUCUGCCUGUUGGGCAUUAUUGGUAACAGCCUGGUUAUCUGUACAGUCUUAAAGAAAUCUGGCUCUAGCAGUAGUGUCCCAGAUAUCUUCAUCAUCAGCCUCUCCAUGGUGGACCUGCUCUUCCUCCUGGGCAUGCCCUUCCUCAUCCACCAGCUGCUGGGGAACAGAGCCUGGCACUUUGGGGAGACAAUGUGCACAAUCAUCACUGCCCUGGAUGCCAACAGCCAGUUCACCAGCACCUACAUCCUCACUGCUAUGUCCAUCGACCGCUACUUGGCCACCGUCUACCCCUUCACCUCCACCCGCUUCAGGAAGCCCCCUGUGGCAAUCCUUGUCACCUGCAUACUCUGGGCCCUUUCCUUCCUCAGCAUUACACCUGUGUGGAUGUAUGCUCAGCUCAUCCCUUUGCCCGGAGGUCUGCUAGGCUGUGGGAUUCGUCUGCCAGCCCCCCAGAAAGACAUUUAUUGGUACACUCUCUACCAGUUCUUCCUGGUCUUUGCCAUCCCUUUUGUCCUCAUCACGGUGGCUUACAGGAGGAUCCUGCUCAAGAUGGCCAGGUCCUCAGAAGCACUAAUGAGCCAAAGAUGUACCAGGGCUCGAACCGAGAGACUGACCCAUACAGCAAUUGCUAUUUGCAUGGCCUUCUUCAUUUGCUGGGCACCAUUCUACAUCCUGCAACUGGCCCAGCUCGCCAUGACUCGCCCCACCCUGCCUUUCUACUAUGCUUACAAUGUGGCUAUCAGCCUGGGUUAUGCCAACAGUUGUCUGAAUCCCUUCAUCUACAUCUUGCUGGGUCAAAACUUCCGGAGGUGA